AUCACACAGCUCUCAUUGCUCAGCGUGCGUCGUGUGAAACCCUGAAGUGAGCAUGAACCUCAGUCUUCCUGAUCAGAACAUGCACAGCUCGGGCGAAGGCUGCCUGGAAGACAACAAGCCUGAUGUCAUGCUGCCUUGCUUCCGCCGAAACAUGUACGACGAGCCUCUGGCCUCAUACUCAAACGGAUCGAUAAUUUCUCAACUCCUCCGCAAGACAAUCCACAACAAGAGGGCACUAGAUGAAAGCCAUUUCUACCUCUCCAACUCCACUGCUGCUGACUCCAGCCAGGAGGACCAGAGCAGUGUCUCCUCAAAGGACAGUACAGUGGACGCUGCAUCCCCCAGCGGCCAUGUUUCCACAGGAAAUAGCCCCGAAGGAGAACAUCCCAUCACCGAUCACCUGCAGGCCAAGAGGGCCAGAGUAGAGAACAUUAUCAGGGUCAUGGCUGGUUCUCCCAACAGCAGGCAGCAUGGAGACAGUGAGAGGUCCGACUCUGACGCCAGAGACACCAGAGAGGCCAGAGAGGUGUACAGGGAGAAUAAACGUAAGCAGAGGUUGCCUCAGCAUCAGGAGCACAGCGAUGCAGGACAGGUGAACAGAAAACCCGGCAGCAGCAGUAGUGAUAACUGCAACAGCAAGGACGAGGAGUGUUACAAGCUGAAAGAGCAGCUUCACAGCAUGCAAAGGCUCCUGCGUCAGCUCCAGGAAAAGUUCCUUCAAGUUUACAACCAGGAGGAUCCUGAAUAUGACAACAGAGAUGGCACAGAAGCUGGCGAUGAGCAUGACAUCCUUGAGCAGGAGUCACGGUACCUAAGCAGCGAAGAUGAUUUUGAGAGGAAGAACAACAGGAUGACUGCAGAGUGCAAGGACCGAAUGAAAGUAGUUGGUUAUCUGGUGCACCAAAGAGAAAGUCAGAACCUGCAGGAGUCCCUGAAGCAGGAGCUCUCCAGGGCGGUUAAUGAUUGUGUGGACAGGGUGUUCAAGAAGGCGUCUUCCACAGGACUGGACCUGUCCCCUCAGCAGCGCAUGUGCUCAUCACCAGAGAUCAGCAUGGCUGCAGACAGGAAGAGCCAGCAGGCCAGCUCCGCCCUGGACCAGCCUCAGGUCGAGGAGGCUGCCGUGAAAUCCCGCUCGUUGGAGUACUAUGAAAGCUCUGAGGCUCAGAGCCUUCAGGACCAGACAGAGGCACUGUCGCUGGUGGUUCGCAAGCCCACAGUGGCCCCUCUGAGCUCAGUCACCCCGACGGUGAAGAGGCCCUACCCGGUGCACCAGACGCCCUUUCAGUUCAAUUACAGCACCCCCCUGCACGACAGCCACAUCCUUGAGCACCUUCUCAAGUACGGGCCCCAUUCCAACUUCGGGGGCCUCCCCUGUAUGCCCCCAUCGAUGGACAGGACCUCCCCAGACUCGGUGGACUUGCCCUGGGACACCAUCGCCAUGAGGUCCAAGGUGACGUCCAGCCACCUCGGCCACCACCCUCGUCCCUCCUCCCUGGGGGCAGUGACAGUCGACAAUCUGUGCCUCCCUCACGUCAAGAUCGAGUGUGGUGAACUGCCGAGCAUGGCUGAACGAAACCCCUACAUGUCUCUCAAUAUCCAGGAGGGUCUCACCCCGAGCCAUCUGAAGAAGGCGAAGCUCAUGUUCUUCUACACCCGCUACCCCAGCUCCAAUGUGCUCAAAACCUUCUUCCCUGAUGUCAAGUUCAAUCGCUGCAUCACCUCUCAGCUGAUCAAGUGGUUCAGUAACUUUAGGGAGUUCUACUACAUCCAGAUGGAGAAGUUUGCCCGCCAGGCCAUCGUUGACGGCGUCAGCGAUGUCAAAGACAUUACAGUUAGCAGGGACUCGGAGCUCUUCCGGGCCCUGAACAUGCACUACAAUAAAGCCAAUGACUUUCACGUUCCUGACAGGUUCCUGGAGGUGGCCGAAAUCACCUUGCACGAGUUUUACAACGCCAUUUCUGCAGCCAAAGAUUCAGACCCCUCUUGGAAAAAGGCCAUAUACAAGGUGAUCUGCAAACUGGACAGCGACGUCCCGGAAGAGUUCAAGACAUCUUCCUACUUAUAGGCUGAAGCAGAGAAAUGUACAGAUGAGGGAAUACGUGAUUUUUUGGAAAUUAGACUCUUGACAUAAUGAUUUCAUCAUUUCUUGUAGUGCAUUUUAGUGAGGUGACAUGUAGAUUAAAUUUGUAUAAAAAAGAGCACCAACUCCCCCAAACACACCCUUUUACAAGUUAGAAUUUAGUCUGAAAUAUUAUGUCUGCUUUCAUCAAAAAAGAAAAAGCAAAUAAUGAUAAAUAGUAAUGCUCUUGUGGAUUUAUUGUUUAGUGUUUCCUUAUAUAAUCUGCCUCAACGCAUUUAGAUUUACUGAGUUUGUAGGUGUGUAAAAAUGUUUACAUAAUGUAGCCUGAGUUGGGGUUUUUUGCCAGUCUCUGUCAGUAUUAGUUUGUUUGGAAUUCUGUCUCCUUUCAUAGCUGUGUGUGUUGUGUAAAUGUACAUGCGCUGCUGCUGCUGCUGUGUGUUGCAUAAUGUACUAUAAUUAUGUUGUAAACUAUGAGCUUGGCAGAAUGCAUGUGAAAAUAACGCUGAUGGUUUUUAUUAUCAUGUGUAAAGGUACGGCUCUUUGUCAUGUAAAGAACAAUCAUUUUCAGACACUUCUGUCGCAAACAUUGUACUGGAUGAAUAUGGAAAUUAAAG